ACAAAUACCCACACAUACACACAUCAUCUGCACACACACACCACACACAUCAUCAUCAUCAUAAUUUACCGUGUUCCUUUUUCUGUAACGCUGAUUAGAGCUUCAUUAGCUUCACCGAUGAACGAAGCCAGGCGUUGUUAAUUAGUAGCUGCGGUACACGUGGUACGCAAGGGACGCGUUGUGUAUAUAUAUGUAGUAUAUAUGUAGUAUAUAUGUGAGCACGUCUCGCUAAUAUAUCGGCCAGACUCAAGCAGCUCUGCGACACACACAACAAUGGCUACCAAACCACGGUCAUUCGUUCGUUCGUUCAUUUCGUUCAUUCGUUAACGUGCGCGCUCGUGCGUUCAUUCCAUCCGUUCGUGGAUUCAAUCGUUCGUUUCUAUAGUUCAUUCUUUCGCUCGUUCGCUCAAUCGUUCAUUCGUCCAACAGUUUGUUCAGCCGUUCAAUUGUUCGUUCAUUCGUUUCGUCAGUUCAUUCGUUCGCUCUUUCGUUCAUUCGUUAAAUAGCUCGUUCAUUCAAUCGUUCAAUUGCUUAAUCGUUGGUUCAUUUGAACAAUACUCUGUUAGUCGUCCGUUCAUUCAAUCGUUCGUACAUUCAAUAGGCCGUUCGUUCAGUCGUCAAUUCAUUCAAGAGUGCGUUCGUUCGUUCAUUCGUUCGCCUUCGUUCCACGAGACAUGAGCAGCCCAGACACUGGAUACGCGAGCGACGAACACGCGUGCCUGCACAGUAACGCACAGCAACACGCGCACAGUCGGACACACACGGACACUCAAGGUCACACACACACUCACGGUCACACACACAGUCAGAUACGCACUCACAGUCGGACGCAGGCGCACAGUCAGACACAGGCGGAGAGUAGCUCGCAAGCCCCUCGACAGCCGCGUCCGCAUAUGGCGAUGAGUUCCUUCAACCUCCCGUCCUGGAUGGACUCGCAUCAACCGCAGGACAUGACCGUAUCAACCACAGCUACCACCUCUACCACCACCAGCACCACCACCAACAACAACAACAACACAACAACCAACAGCAUCAGCAAGGGCGGCUGCGGCGCCAAACUGAGAAAGUUCCAAAAUGGAAAAAUUGGCGACACCGAAGAAGAUGAGGUUGGGGUUGUGGCGGAGGACAUGGAGGAGGACAUUGAAGAGGACGUUGAUGAUGGGGAGGAGGGUGACGAUGUUGUUGAUGAUGGCGGCGGCGGUGACGAUGAGCACGUGGCGGUGGCGAUGAGUCGCGCGGAACUGGCGCUCGGUGGCGGCGGAGCAACCGGCAACUUGGGAUCGACUUUUCUCACAGCGCAGCAUCUGCAUCAUCAUCAUCACCAGCAGCAGCAGCAUCAUCUUCAACAACAUAGUCUUCAUCAUCAUCAGCUUCAUCAGCAGCAGCAGCAGCUGGGAUCUGUCGGGGUUGCGACGUCACUGACGGGCGGCGGCGGCGGCGUCGCGGCUGGAGCCGGGCCCGGCGCGCGCAGCAAACCGGCGCAGGAGGCGCGCAUCAGGCGGCCUAUGAACGCCUUCAUGGUGUGGGCCAAGGACGAGAGGAAGAGGCUGGCACAGCAGAACCCGGACCUGCACAACGCGGAGCUGAGCAAGAUCCUCGGCAAGUCCUGGAAGGCUCUGAGUCACUCGGAGAAGAGGCCCUUCGUGGAGGAGGCUGAGCGCUUGCGAGUCCAACACAUGCAGGACCACCCCAACUACAAGUACAGGCCUCGCAGGCGCAAGCAGCUCAAGAGGCUGGGCAAACGGGUGGACUCAAGUCUUCUUCUCCAUCAUCAUCACCACCACCAGCAGCAACAUCAGCAGCAGCAGCAGCACCACCAAGAGUUGUCUCAACAGCAGCAGCAGCAGUUGCAUCAUCAGCAACACCAUCAUCAGCAGUUGCAGCAGCAUCAGCAUCAUCCUCUGCUUUCCGCGGUGGAUCCGGUUCAUGUUGUUUGUCGCCCGCCCGAAACGGCGCUUAGAGACCUGAACGUUGUAGCCGGGGGACAUUUUCAAAAUCACUACCACCAACUCUACCACCAUCAUCAUCAACAACAGCACCACCACCACCACCAUCAACAGCAGCAGCAGCACUACCAACAUCAGCCGCACCUUCAAGGACAUCAUCACAACAACCUUCCUCCUCAUCAUCAGCAACAGCAGCAGCUCUUGCAGAGCCACCACCACCAUCAACAACAACAACAACAUCCUCAUCAUCACCAGCAGCAGCAGCAGCAGAGCCUGGUGAGUGAGGCCGCGUUCGGGCUGCCGACGCCGGAAAUGUCCCCGCUGGAUGUCCUCGGCGACACCGACGCCCCGACAUUUGCGCAGGCGUCGCCCAUGGCCCAGGAGGUCGCACAGGGCCCCUUCCUGGUGGCGGCGUCGGGCGAAGGAGGUGCGGAGGACGAGGCGAUGAGUCCGCACGUCGUGGGCACGUACCCGUCGCACCACCACCACCACCACCACCUCCUCCUCCAACAGCAACAACAACAACAUCAGCAGCACCACCACCAUCAUCUCCAGCAGCAGCAGCAGCAUCACAAUCAGCAUCCGCAGCAGGAGCAACAGAUGGUGCAGAACGGAUCGACUCCUCUGGGGUACGCCACCGACCUGAGGAGGUCGACCACGAUUGUCCACCACUUUCGGGAGGUGGACGAGGCUGGUGGAGACAGUCGAAGCGCUGCGGCUAAAACGUCCAGCGAGCCGCUCGCCCACCACCACCACCACAGCAACAACACCACCACCACCACGAACAGCAGCAGCAGCAGCAACCACCUCCACCACGUCCUACCUCUGUACUACAGCCAGAUGUACCACCACCACCAGCAGCAGCAGCAGCAUCAGCAGCAGCACAACUUCCAUCAUCAGCACCAUCAACACGGCAAUCAUCAUCAGCAGCAGCAGACCGCCAGCGGUUUCCAGCCAAUAUCUCGCAGCCACGAGGUAGGCGAGCCGUCUCCUCCUCCCGACCCGCGCCGUUUGUACAGCGACGUGGAGGAGGAGGAGGGGGAGGAGGAGGAGGCUGCGGUGGUGGGAGGUGACGAGGUUGUGGACGGAGUUAACGAUGACAACGACGGCGGUGGUGGUGGUGGUGGUCGUGGUGGCGAGGGGCUGGUGAUCGUCACGGCUGUGGGUUCGAACGGUGACGGCGGGAUCAUGAGUCAAUAUCUACAGCAGCAGGACGUCGGUGGAUUUGCCAAGGGUGGACUAACGCAUCACCACCACCAGCAACAACAGCAGCAACAGCAGCAACAGGAAUCACUGCCUCAACAGCAGCAGCAGCAGCAACAGCAGCCACAAAUGGCCAGCUUUCUAUCCGUUCUUGCGGACGCCACGGCUAUGUAUUAUAGCAGCAACCCGUAUGGCUGACGGGCAUCCAUCCAGCCAGCCGGCUAUGCCUGGCCAUCAAAACAGGCUUCGUGAUUCGGUGGUGGUGGUGGUGGUGGUGGAGAUGAUGAAGAUGAUGCAGAUGAUGCAGAUGAAGUUGGAGCGGCCGUCUUUGUUCGGAGACAGAGAGCGGCGGCGAGAGUGACUCUGCUAAAGGUGUAAUUAUAUUGAUUUAAAAGGUUACGAUUUGCCGUGGAGACAUAUAUAUUCGAGGUGCAUUUAGUGAACUUUGUUCUUGCUACAAAUGUCCGCCGUCUGUUUUUUUUUUUCGUAACGAAUGAAUGGUCGUUGAAUUUUGGAUGACGAAUGUUCGUCACGGUGACGGCAUUGCUUAGAGUUCACAAAGCCAACUGUGGUGAUUUCUACCCUCGAGUGAAAUGGCAGUAGCACUGUAGUUCAGGUAUCCUCGGUGGCGAGAAGUUAACUACCUCGCCUGGUAUACGGGAGGAUUCACCUGGGUUCGAUCCCUAACCCUGACGCCUGUAUAUUUGGAGUU